AUGCAUGAUAAUGAAACUAGAGAAGAGUGCUUAGACAAGUCUAAUAUAAGUAUAUCCUCCUUGUUGCACCGACAUUCAUUGCCUAAUUGUGGUGUGAUACUUAUGAAAAGGCCUAGAUCGAUUGAACAUUUAUGGGAAGAAUAUGAUAGGAUUCCUUCUGGCUGGUCAUAUGAUUUUAUACAUGAUUAUAUGUUAAAUUUAAGAAAGAUUGGAUACGAUUUAAAAUUAAUGAAGAAAAUUUUGAAGCGUAAUAUAUCUAUUGCUGAAUUGGAGGCUAAAUAUGGUUCCUUCUGGAGAAAUAAAGAUAUGGAUUUUUCACGCCAAAUUAAUAGGCGUAAGAAGUUAUGGAAUUUAAUAUAA